UGUCCACACCUUAAACUCUUUCAUGCCAAAGUACAAAGUUUGUACAAUAACAUUCAUACUCUCUAUCUAUCUAUCACCUCUCUCUCAAAACCUAAACAUUCCCAAAAUUCUUUUUUCAAUUUAUUUCCCUAUACAUAUAUACCUUUUCACUUUCACAAGCUAUUUUGCAAAGUCUCUAGAGUCAUCAUCAAUUAUCACCACAACGACCAACAUGAAGAACAAAACAGCAAAGUUGUUGAAGCAAAUCAUAGCGGGUUUAACCUCAAUGACAAAGUCAAAAACUAUGGCUUUAAAAUCCAAAGUAAAUGCCAUCAAAGCUCGUUUGAUUAUAUUCUCACUCAUGAAGAACAAAAAGUUCCUCAUGAGUUCAAUUUCAGAUAAAUUCCAUUCCAUUUGGGGAAGCCAUUCUCAUCAUCAUUCCAAGGAAGAUUGUCUAAUUGAAGAAGGUGUCAAUUGUGAAGAUCAUCAUAGAGCCAUGGUUAUUUUUAACAACAAUGUUCGCACUUACGAAGCGUUGCAAAAUCCAAGUGAAACACGAGUUGUCGAUGAACAAGAUCAAGAAGAUUACUAUGAGGAUGGCGAGGAUGAUGAUAAGUACCCUGAUUUAACUCAUACUCUUUUUGAUUCUGAGGGUUUGGAUUUUGGAGGAUCAGUGAUAGAUAGGGUGAAGAAUUGUAAGGAAGAAGCAGGGAAGGAGUUUAAGCUUGAAGAUGAUAUUGAUGAAGUUGCUGAUCUUUUUAUCAGAAGGUUUAGAAGAAAUAUAAUCUUGCAAAAACAAGAUUCAUUGAAGAGAAAGAGAGAAAUUGCGCAAAAUGGUACUUGAAUUUUGAUUUCGUUUUUAUUCAACAGGAUCAAAACUUGUUGGAAUGCAUAAAAGCUAGUUCAAUACAUGCAAUUGUCUGUCAGAUCCAAUCCAAAUAAGAGUUUUAGAUGGCUCAAUAGUGUUGAAAAGUCUUUUAGAAUUAGCAUUCCUUGCGAUAUUGUGCAAGCAAAACAAGGUCUCAAAUGUACAUUCAAAUGACUUAAUAUAUGGAUAUGCUUACAAUA